GCUUAACGUUUCAGUGUUGCAGUCAUGGCCAAAGCGUUUGCUGUGAUGUUGCUGCUCUUCAAUGCACUGGGAUUAAAUACCGGAAUCAAACUGGAUGGAAAUGGAUACACUGACAUUCUUGUAGCCAUCAACCCAGCCGUGCCUCAGAAUGAAAACAUUAUCAAUCAAAUCAAGGCAAUGAUUACCAGUGGAUCAGAAUAUCUGCUGAUGGCUAUGGACAACAAAGUGUUCAUCAAGGAUGUGAAAAUACUAGUACCACCAAACUGGAGCGGAUCAUACGAGAAAGCAAGGAGAGAAACCUACGACAAGGCCAACAUAAUUAUUGACAGUCCUCACCCAGCAUAUCGUGAUGAGCCAUACGUAAAACAGAUGAAAGGUUGUGGAGAGGAGAGCGAGUACAUUCACUUCACGCCAAACUUCCUCUUAAACGACAAUCUUCUUAAUGCAUAUGGGCCUAGAGGCAAGGUGUUUGUUCAUGAAUGGGCUCACCUCAGAUGGGGGGUAUUUGAUGAAUAUAAUGAGAAAGAGCCAUUCUACUUUUCUCAAAACCAGCAGAUCCAACCUACAAGAUGUAGCACACAGGUUUCUGGACAUUGGUUUGAAAUAAUCAAUGGACAUGCUACGCUUUGCCGUUACGAUGAUACUUGGUUACCCACCAAGGAAUGUCAGUUCUUUCCAGACAAAGACCAAAAAACCAGCGCUUCAGUAAUGUACAUGCCAAGCUUAGACUCCGUGACAGCAUUUUGUCAUGAAGGGGACCACAACAUUGAAGCCCCGAACACGCAGAACCAGAAAUGUGACAACAAAGCUACACGUACAGUGAUUUUUCAACACUCUGUAGACAAAGACGCCCUUCAGACUUUAAAACCUCUACAGUCUGCGCCACCAGCUCCAAAAUUCACUGUGAUACAGAGGCGAAGUCGGGUCGUCUGCCUCAUCCUUGAUGUCUCUGGAAGCAUGCAGGGCCAAAGAAUACUUCGACUACAGCAAGCUGCAACGAUUUUCCUAAGAGAGAUUGUGGAGGAGGGAGCAUAUGUGGGAAUUGUCAAGUUUAGUACCAGUGCAGACAUUAUAAGCUCAUUGACUAAAAUAGAAGGUUAUGCAAGAGAAAGUUUGAUAAGUAAGUUGCCAGAUACUGCAUCUGGAUCUACAAACAUGUGUACUGGACUUAAACUAGGCUUUGAGGUCCUUCAGCAGGAUGAUAAAAGCGCCGUAGGAGAUGAUGUGAUUUUUCUGACAGAUGGUGAAGCGACAGAUGAUAUUCAGAGUUGUUUAAAGUCAGCUGUGAAUAGUGGUGCCAUAAUCAACACUAUAGCAAUGGGGCUGAGUGCCUCUAAUGUGCUGGUAACCAUGGCAAAUCAAACAGAUGGAAAGUUCAUUGUCGCUGAUGAGAAUUUGAUUUCCAACCAGCUCGUGGAUGCCUUUUCUUCGUUUACAAUGUCAGAUGGAGAUCUCACCAAACUGACAAUACAGCUUGUGAGCACUGGAAGUUCUACUACUGGUUGGUUCAAUGGAACAGUGCCCAUAGACCGCACUGUGGGAAACAGCACCACCUUUACGAUAAUCUAUGAAAGAAGUGCACCCACUGUGAGCAUACAUGCGCCAAGUGGUUCAGCGUAUGAUCAGACUCGUAUGACUCAUAAUGCAGCUACAAAGACACUGACUUUAAAUAUUCCUGGAACUGCAGAGCCUGGAGACUGGAGAUACAGCUUCUUCAACACAGAAUCAACUGCUCAGGCGAUGACUUUAACAAUAACAAGUCGAGCAGCUCGUGACGAUGUACCUCCAGUCAUGGUUAAGGCCCAGAUGAACCAGCUAGCUAGUGAUGGCAGUAAACCCAUGGUAGUGUUUGCUGAGGUCAGUCAGAAUCACGUUCCUGUGUUGGGGGCCAAAGUCAUGGCCACCUUGCAAUCAGAUACUGGAUAUUCAGAAGACUUAUUCCUCCUGGAUAACGGAGCAGGAGCUGAUAAUUUCAAAAACGAUGGCAUCUAUUCUAGAUAUUUCGCAAAAUUAAUCAGUGGAAGGUACAGUCUGAAAGUGCGGGUGAUACCCCAGGAGGGAGCCAUCCGUGGUUCACACAACAGAAACAGUGGUGCUCUGUAUGUCCCUGGAUAUAUAGUGGACGGUAAAGUGCAGCUAAAUCCUCAGAAGCCCCCAGUGAGUGUGCAGUCGGCAGAUGUAGGCAGGUUCAUCAGAACAGCCACUGGGGAGAGUUUUGUGGUAAAUGUGCCCAAAGGUGUGACCACAAAGUUCCCCCCUGCAAAGAUCACAGACCUGAGGGCUAAAAUCCAGGUGGACACUAUAUUUCUCAGCUGGACAGCUCCUGGCGAGGACUUUGAUUUUGGAACAGUUGAAUCUUAUGACAUUAGGUGGAGCAAACAUUUGAAGACAAUUCUGUACAACUUCAGGAAUGCUACUCCAGUAAACACAUCUGCACUCCAUCCCCAAGAGGCAACCUUAGAUGAACAGUUUUCCUUCCUGCCUGAAGUUGCCAUCAAAAAUGGAACCACACUGUUCUUCGCUAUUCAGUCACAGGACAAGCAGGCACUGAAGUCUGAGGUAUCGAAUAUCGCUCAAGUGACAAAGUUUGUCCCGAGUCCCAAACCUCCAGAAAUUUCAGAACCACCCCUGAAACUCAUAAUCAGUAUAGUCACUAUAGCCUGUGCUGUAGCUAUUUUGGCCUGUAUCAUAGCUACUAUAACCGUAUGGGCAUUAAAACGAAAGAAGGCGGUGAAAGAAAGUGGAGGGGCUUAGCUUUGCAGAACAUUUCAACCAUUAGUGGCUCAUUUACAUAAGACCAACUCAUCUUUCACUCUUUAUUAUUAACAGUUUUGUAUAAGGUCUUCCUGUCAGUGCCGUUCUAUGAAAUCACACUUUUCCAAUUUCUUUACGAAGAGCUUCUAAGAUAAUUUUAUAGGAAUAGCGAACUUUACUUAUUUAGGAAUUUAUGGGACUGCUUUUUUGUGGGAACAGACUUGGCUCAGUCGAGUCUGUAGCUCUGGGAUGUGAAUCAACUCCUACGUCAGAACCUUUUCUGACGUAAUACUGCUUUGCACCCGUUUUUGUUUUUUCUUCUAGUUUCUCUCAAGAUUUACUCUGAAAUGUGUCAUACUUUCACAUGACGCAAACAGCAAUGUGAACAAAUUAAAUACCCCAAAAUAAAGUGUAAUAAAUGUGUUUAAUAGAAACAAUUAAAAAUGAUUAUAUGUUCUUUUUAAAGUGUUCAUUAAGUUUGGUAGCUUUUCAAUAAAGGUGAUGAUUGGGUCUUAC